AUGGACGUGGACGUGGACGUGGACGUGGACCUGGACGUGGACGUGGACGUGGACGUAGACGUGGAGGACUUGGACGUGGACAUGGAUGUGGACGUGGACGUGGACGUGGACGUGGACGUGGAGGUGGACGUGGACAUGGACGUGGACGUGGACGUGGACGUGGACGUUGACGUGGACAUGGAAGUGGACGUGGACAUGGACGUCCACGUGGUCGUGGACAUGGACGUGGACGUGGACGUGGACGUGGACGUGGACGUGGACGUGGACAGGGAAGUGGACCUGGACGUGGACGUGGAUGUGGACGUGGACGUUGACGUGGACAUGCACGUGGACGUGGACGUGGAUGUGGACGUGGACGUGUACGUGGACGUGGACAUGGACGUGGACGUGGACGUGGACGUAGACGUGGACCUGGACGUGGACGUGGACGUGUACGUGGACGUAGACGUGGACGUGGACGUAGACGUGGAGGACUUGGACGUGGACAUGGACGUGGACGUGGACGUGGACGUGGACGUGGACGUGGAGGUGGACGUGGACAUGGACGUGGACGUGGACGUUGACGUGGACGUGGACGUGGACGUGGACGUUGACGUGGACAUGGAAGUGGACGUGGACAUGGACGUCCACGUGGUCGUGGACAUGGACGUGGACGUGGACGUGGACGUGGACAGGGAAGUGGACCUUGACGUGGACGUGGACGUGGACGUGGACGUUGACUUGGACAUGGACGUGGACGUGGACGUGGACGUGGACGUAAACGUGGACGUGGACGUGGACGUAGACGUGGACAUGGACGUGGACAUGGACAUGGACGUGGACGUGGACGUGGACGUGGACAUGGAUAUGGACGUGGACGUGGACGUGGACGUGGACAUGGACGUGGACCUGGACGUGGACCUGGACGUUGACGUGGACAUGGACGUGGACAUGGACGUGGACGUGGACGUGGACGUGGACAUUGUCGUGGACGUGGACGUGGUCGUGCACGUGGUCGUGGACAUGGACGUGGACGUGGACGUGGACAUGGACGUGGACGUGGACGUAGACAUGGACGUGGACGUGGAGGACAUGGACGUGGACAUGGACGUGGACGUAGACGUGGACGUGGACGUGGACAUGGACGUGGACGUGGACGUGGACAUGGACGUGGACAUGGACGUGGACGUGGACCUGGAUGUGGACGUGGACGUGGACGUGGACAUGGACGUGGACGUGGACGUGGACAUGGACGUGGACGUGGACGUGGACAUGGACGUGGACGUGGACGUGGACGUGUACGUGGACGUGGACGUGGACGUGGACUUAGACGUGGAGGACUUGGACGUGGACGUGGAGGUGGACGUGGAGGUGGACGUGGACAUGGACGUCGACGUGGUCGUGGACAUGGACGUGGACGUGGACGUGGAGGUGGAGGACUUGGACGUGGACGUGGACAUGGACGUGGACGUGGACGUGGACGUUGACGUGGACGUUGACGUGGACGUGGACGUGGACGUGGACGUGGACGUGGACAUGGACGUGGACGUGGACGUGGACGUGGACGUGGACGUGGACAUGGACGUGGACAUGGACGUGGACGUGGACGUGGACGUAGACGUGGACAUGGACGUGGACGUGGACGUGUACGUGGACGUGGACGUGGACGUGGACUUAGACGUGGAGGACUUGGACGUGGACGUGGAGGUGGACGUGGAGGUGGACGUGGACAUAAACGUCGACGUGGUCGUGGACAUGGACGUGGACAUGGACGUGGAGGUGGAUGACUUGGACGUGGACAUGGACAUGGACGUGGACGUGGACGUGGACGUUGACGUGGACGUUGACGUGGACGUGGACGUGGACGUGGACGUGGACAUGGACGUGGACGUGGACGUGGAGGACAUGGACGUGGACAUGGACGUGGACGUAGACGUGGAAGUGGACGUGGACAUGGACAUGGACGUGGACGUGGACGUGGACAUGGACAUGGAGAUGGACGUGGACGUGGACGUGGACAUGAACGUGGACGUGGACGUGGACGUGGACAUGGACGUGGACAUGGACGUGGACAUGGACAUGGAUGUGGACGUGGACGUGGACGUGGACGUGGACGACUUGGACGUGGACAUGGACGUGGACGUGGACGUGAACGUGGACGUGGACGUGGAGGUGGACGUGGACAUGGACGUGGACGUGGACGUGGACGUGGACGUGGACGUGGACAUGGACAGGGACGUGGACGUGGACGUGGACAUGGACGUCAACGUGGUCGUGGACAUGGACGUGGAUGUGGACGUGGACGUGGACGUGGAGGACUUGGACGUGGACAUGGACGUGGAUGUGGACGUGGACAUGGACAUGGACGUGGACGUGGACGUGGACGUGGACGUUGACGUGGACAUGGACGUGGACGUGGACGUGGACGUGGACAUGGACGUGGACGUGGACGUGGACGUGGACGUGGAUAGGGACGUGGACCUGGACGUGGACGUGGACAUGGAUAUGGACAUGGAUGUGGACGUGGACAUGGACGUGGACAUGGAUGUGGACGUGGACAUGGAUGUGGACGUGGACGUGGACGUGGACGUGGACGUGGACGUGGAUGUGGACAUGGACGUGGACGUGGACGUGGACGUGGACGUGGACGUAGACAUGGACGUCGACGUGUACGUGAACGUGGACGUGGACGUGGACGUAGACGUGGAGGACUUGGACGUGGACGUGGACGUGGACGUGGACGUGGACUUGGACGUGGAGGUGGACGUGGACGUGGACGUGGACGUGGAGGUGGACGUGGACGUGGACGUGGACGUGGACGUGGACGUCGACAUGGACGUGGAUGUGGACGUGGACAUGGACGUGGACGUGGUCGUGGACGUGGACGUGGUCGUGGACGUGGACGUGGACGUGGACGUGGACGUGGUCGUGGACGUGGACGUAGACGUGGACGUGGACGUGGACAUGGAAGUGGACCUGGACGUGGACAUGGACGUGGACGUGGACGUGGAGGACAUGGACGUGGACAUGGACGUGGACGUGGACGUGAACGUGGACGUGGACGUGGACGUGGACAUGGACGUGGACGUGGACGUGGACAUGGACGUGGACGUGGACGUGGACGUGGACUUGGACAUGGACGUGGAUGUGGACAUGGACGUGGACGUGGACGUGGACGUAGACGUGGACGUGGACGUGGAGAUGGACGUGGACGUGGACGUAGACGUGGACGUGGACAUGGACGUGGAUGUGGACGUGGACGUGGACAUGGACGUGGACGUGGACGUGGACGUGGACAUGGACGUGAACGUGGACAUAGACGUGGACGUGGACGUGGACAUGGACGUGGACGUGGACGUGGACGUGGACCUGGACGUGGACGUGGACCUGGACGUGGACCUGGACGUGUACGUGGACGUGGACAUGGACGUGGACGUGGACGUAGACUUGGACAUUGUCCUGGACGUGGACAUUGUCGUGGACGUGGACGUGGACGUGGACGUGGACGUGGUCUUGGACGUGGACGUAGACGUGGACGUGGACGUGGACGUGGACGUGGACGUGGACGUCGACAUGGACGUGGAUGUGGACGUGGACAUGGACGUGGACGUGGUCGUGGACGUGGACGUGGUCGUGGACGUGGACGUGGACGUGGACGUGGUCUUGGACGUGGACGUGGUCGUGGACGUGGACGUAGACGUGGACGUGGACGUGGACAUGGAAGUGGACCUGGACGUGGACAUGGACGUGGACGUGGACGUGGAGGACAUGGACGUGGACAUGGACGUGGACGUGGACGUGAACGUGGACGUGGACGUGGACGUGGACAUGGACGUGGACGUGGACGUGGACAUGGACGUCGACGUGGACGUGGACGUGGACGUGGACGUGGACUUGGACAUGGACGUGGAUGUGGAAAUGGACGUGGACGUGGACGUGGACGUGGACGUAGACGUGGACGUGGACGUGGAUGUGGACGUGGACGUGGACCUGGACGUGGACCUGGACGUGGACGUGGACGUGGACAUGGAUGUGGACGUGGACGUAGACGUGGACAUUGUCCUGGACGUGGACAUUGUCGUGGACGUGGACGUGGACGUGGACGUGGUCUUGGACGUGGACGUGGACGUGGACGUGGUCGUGGACGUGGACGUGGACGUGGACAUGGACGUGGACGUGGACGUAGACGUGGACGUGGACAUGGACAUGGACAUGGACGUCGACGUGGACGUGGACGUGGACGUGGACAUUGUCGUGGACGUGGACGUAGACGUGGACGUGGUCGUGGACGUGGACGUGGACGUCGACGUGGACGUGGACAUUGUCGUGGACCUGGACAUUGUCGUGGACGUGGACGUGGACGUGGAUGUGGACGUGGACGUGGUCGUGGACGUGGACGUAAACGUGGACGUGGUCGUGGACGUGGACAUGGACGUGGACGUGGACGUGGACAUGGAAGUGGACGUGGACGUGGAGGACAUGGACGUGGACAUGGACUUGGACGUAGACGUGGACUUGGACGUGGACAUAGACAUGGACGUGGACGUGGACGUGGACGUGGACAUGGACGUGGAGAUGGACGUGGACGUGGACGUGGACGUGGACAUGGACGUGGACGUGGACGUGGACAUGGACGUGGACAUGGACGUGGACAUGGACGUGGACGUGGACGUGGACAUGGACGUGGACGUGGACGUGGACGUGGACGUGGACAUGGACGUGGACGUAGACGUGGACGUGGACGUGGACGUGGACGUGGACGUGGACGUGGACAUGGACGUGGACAUGGACGUGGACGUGGACGUGGACGUGGACGUGGACGUGGACAUGGACGUGGACGUGGACGUGGACGUGGACGUAGACGUGGACAUUGUCGUGGACGUCGACGUGGACGUGGACGUGGACUUGGACAUGGACGUGGUCAUGGACGUGGACGUGGACGUGGACGUGGACGUGGACAUGGACGUGGACGUGGAGGACAUGGACGUGGACAUGGACGUGGACGUAGACGUGGACGUGGACGAGGACGUGGACAUGGACAUGGACGUGGACGUGGACGUGGACGUGGACAUGGACAUGGAGAUGGACGUGGACGUGGACGUGGAUAUGAACGUGGACGUGGACGUGGACAAGGACAUGGACGUGGACACGGACGUGGACAUGGACGUGGACGUGGACGUGGACGUGGACAUGGACGUGGACGUGGACGUGGACGUGGACGACUUGGACGUGGACAUGGACGUGGACGUGGACGUGGACGUGGAGGUGGACGUGGACAUGGACGUGGACGUGGACGUGGACGUGGACGUGGACAUGGACGUGGACGUGGACGUGGACAUGGACGUGGACAUGGACGUGGACAUGGACGUGGACGUGGACGUAGACGUGGACAUUGUCGUGGACGUCGACGUGGACGUGGACGUGGACGUGGACAUGGACGUGGUCAUGGACGUGGACGUGGACGUGGACGUGGACGUGGACGUCGACAUGGACGUGGACGUGGACAUGGACGUGGACGUGGACGUGGAGGACAUGGACGUGGACAUGGACGUGGACGUAGACGUGGACGUGGACGUGGACAUGGACAUGGACAUGGACGUGGACGUGGACGUGGACGUGGACAUGGACAUGGAGAUGGACGUGGACGUGGACGUGGAUAUGAACGUGGACGUGGACGUGGACGUGGACAUGGACGUGGACACGGACGUGGACAUGGACGUGGACGUGGACGUGGACGUGGACAUGGACGUGGACGUGGACGUGGACGUGGACGUGGACGUGGACGUGGACGUGGACAUGGACGUCGACGUGGUCGUGGACGUGGACGUGGACGUGGAUGUGGACGUGGACGUGGACGUGGACGACUUGGACGUAGACAUGGACGUGGACGUGGACGUGGACGUGGACGUGGAGGUGGACGUGGACAUGGACGUGGACGUGGACGUGGACGUGGACGUGGACGACUUGGACGUAGACAUGGACGUGGACGUGGACGUGGACGUGGACGUGGAGGUGGACGUGGACAUGGACGUGGACGUGGACGUGGACGUGGACGUGGACAUGGACGUCGACGUGGUCGUGGACAUGGACGUGGAUGUGGACGUGGACGUGGACGUGGACGUGGAGGACUUGAACGUGGACAUGGACAUGGACGUGGACGUGGAUGUGGACGUGGACGUUGACGUGGACAUGGACGUAGACGUGGACGUGGACGUGGACAUGGACGUGGACGUGGACGUGGACGUGGAUAGGGAAGUGGACCUGGACGUUGACGUGGACAUGGACGUGGACAUGGAUGUGGACGUGGACAUGGUCGUGGACAUGGAUGUGGACGUGGACGUGGACGUGGACGUGGACAUGGACGUGGACGUGGACGUGGACGUGGAUGUGGACAUGGACAUGGACAUGGACGUGGACGUGGACGUGGACGUGGACGUGGACAUGGACGUGGACGUGGACGUGUACGUGGACGUGGACGUGGACGUAGACGUGGAGGACUUGGACGUGGACGUGGACGUGGACGUGGACGUGGACGUGGACGUGGAGGUGGACGUGGACGUGGACGUGGACGUGGACAUGGACGUGGACGUGGACGUGGACGUGGACGAGGACGUGGACAUGGACGUGGACGUGGACGUGGACGUGGACAUUGUCGUGGACGUGGACGUGGACGUAUACGUGAUGGACGUGGACGUAGACGUCGACGUGAACGUUGACGUGGACGUGGACAUGGACGUGGACGUGGACAUGGACGUGGACGUGGACAUGGACGUGGACAUGGACGUGGACGUGGACGUGGACGUGGACGUGGACAUGGACGUGGACGUGGACGUGGACAUGGACGUGGACGUGGACGUGGACAUGGACGUGGACGUGGACGUGGACCUGGACAUGGACGUGGAGAUGGACGUGGACGUGGACGUGGACGUGGAGAUGAACGUGGACGUGGACGUGGACGUGGACAUGGAGGUGGACAUGGACGUGGACGUGGACGUGGACGUGGACAUGGACGUGGACGUGGACGUGGACGUGGACGUAGACGUGGACGACUUGGACGUGGACAUGGACGUGGACGUGGACGUGGACGUGGAGGUGGACGUGGACAUGGACGUGGAUGUGGACGUGGACGUGGACAUGGACGUGGACGUGGACGUGGACGUGGACAUGGACGUCGACGUGGUCGUGGACGUGGAUGUGGACGUGGACGUGGACGUACACGUGGAGGACUUGGACGUGGACAUGGACAUGGACGUGGACGUGGACGUGGACGUGGACGUUGACGUGGACAUGGACGUAGACGUGGACGUGGUCAUGGACGUGGACGUGGACGUGGACGUGGUCGUGGACGUGGACGUGGACGUGGACGUGGACAUGGACGUGGACGUGGACGUGGACAUGGACGUGGACGUGGACGUGGACAUGGACGUGGACGUGGACGUGGACCUGGACAUGGACGUGGAGAUGGACGUGGACGUGGACGUGGACGUGGAGAUGAACGUGGACGUGGACGUGGACGUGGACAUGGACGUGGACAUGGACGUGGACGUGGACGUGGACGUGGACGUGGACGUGGACGUGGACAUGGACGUGGACGUGGACGUGGACGUGGACGUAGACGUGGACGACUUGGACGUGGACAUGGACGUGGACGUGGACGUGGACGUGGAGGUGGACGUGGACAUGGACGUGGAUGUGGACGUGGACGUGGACAUGGACGUGGACGUGGACGUGGACGUGGACAUGGACGUCGACGUGGUCGUGGACGUGGACGUGGAUGUGGACGUGGACGUGGACGUACACGUGGAGGACUUGGACGUGGACAUGGACAUGGACGUGGACGUGGACGUGGACGUGGACGUUGACGUGGACAUGGACGUAGACGUGGACGUGGACGUGGACAUGGACGUGGACGUGGACGUGGACGUGGAUAGGGAAGUGGACCUGGACGUGGACGUGGACAUGGAUGAGGACAUGGACAUGGACGUCGACAUGAAUGACGUGGACGUGGACGUGGACGUGGACGUGGACAUGGACGUGGACGUGGACGUGUACGUGGACGUGGACGUGGACGUGGACGUAGACGUGGAGGAAUUGGACGUGGAGGACUUGGACGUGGACGUGGACGUGGACGUGGACGUGGACGUGGACAGGGAAGUGGACGUGGACGUGGACGUGGACAUGGACGUGAACGUGGACGUGGACGUGGACGUGGUCAUGGAUGUGAACGUGGACGUGGACGUGGACGUGGACGUGGACGUGGACGUGGACAUGGACUUGGACGUAGACGUGGACAUAGACGUGGACGUGGACGUGGACGUGGACUUGGACUUGGACGUGGACGUGGACAUGGACGUCGACGUGGACGUGGAGGUGGACGUGGACAUGGACGUGGACGUGGACGUGGACGUGGACGUGGACGUGGACGUGGACGUGGACGUGGACGUGGACAUGGACAUGGACGUGAACAUGGACGAGGACAUGGACGUAGACGUGGACGUGGACCUGGACGUGGACCUGGACGUGGACGUGGACGUUGAUGUGGACAUGGACGUGGACGUGGACGUAGACGUGAACAUUGUCGUGGACGUGGACAUUGUCGUGGACAUGGACAUUGUCGUGGACGUGGACGUGGACGUGGACGUGGUCUUGGACGUGGACGUGGACGUGGACGUGGACGUGGACGUGGACAUGGACGUUGACCUGGACGUGGACGUGGACGUGAACGUGGACAUGGACGUGGACAUGGAUGUGAACGUGGACGUGGACAUUGUCGUAGACGUGGACGUGGACGUGGACGUGGACGUGGACGUGGUCGUGGACGUGGACGUGGACGUGGACGUGGACAUUGUCGUGGACCUGGACAUUGUCGUGGACGUAGACGUGGACGUGGACGUGGAUGUGGUCGUGGUCGUGGACGUGGACGUGGACGUUGAUGUGGACCUGGACGUGAAGGACAUGGACGUGGACAUGAACGUGGACGUAGACGUGGACGUGGACAUGGAUAUGGACAUGGACGUGGACGUGGACUUGGACGUGGACGUGGACAUGGACGUGGAGAUGGACGUGGACGUGGACGUGGACGUGGACGUGGACAUGGACGUGGACGUGGACGUGGACAUGGACGUGGACAUGGACGUGGACAUGGACGUGGACGUGGACGUUGACAUGGACGUGGACGUGGACGUGGACGUGGACGUGGACAUGGACGUGGACGUGGACGUGGACGUGGACUUGGACGUGGACGUGGACGUGGACGUGGACGUGGACGUGGACGUGGACGUUGACCUGGACGUGGACCUGGACGUGGACGUGGACAUGGACGUGGACAUGGACGUGGACGUGGACGUAGACGUGGACAUUGUUGUGGACGUGGACAUUGUCGUGGACGUGGACGUGGACGUGGACGUGGUCUUGGACGUGGACGUGGACGUGGACGUGGUCGUGGACGUGGACGUGGACGUGGACGUGGACAUGGACAUGGACGUGGACGUGGACAUGGACGUCGACGUAGACGUGGACGUGGACGUGGACAUGGACGUGGACGUGGACAUGGACGUCGACAUGGACGUGGACGUGGACGUGGACGUGGACAUAGACGUGGACAUGGACGUGGACGUGGACGUGGACGUGGUCGUGGACGUGGACGAGGACGUGGACGUGGACGUGGUCGUGGACGUGGACGAGGACGUGGACGUGGACGUGGUCGUGGACGUGGACGUGGUCGUGGACGUGGACGUGGUCGUGGACGUGGACGUGGACGUGGACGUGGACAUGGACGGGGACGUGGACGUGGACAUUGUCGUGGACCUGGACAUUGUCGUGGACGUGGACGUGGACGUGGACGUGGACGUGGACGUGGUCGUGGACGUGGACGUGGACGUGGAUGUGGACGUGGACAUGGACAUGGACGUGGACUUGGACGUGGACGUGGACGUGGAGGACAUGGACGUCGACAUGGACGUGGACGUAGACGUGGACGUGGACGUGGACAUGGACAUGGACAUGGACGUGGACGUGGACGUGGACGUGGACAUGGACGUGGAGAUGGACGUGGACGUGGACAUGGACGUGGACGUGGACGUGGACGUGGAUGACUUGGACGUAGACAUGGACGUGGACGUGGACGUGGAGGUGGAGGUGGACGUGGACAUGGACGUGGACGUGGACGUGGACAUGGAGGACGUGGACGUGGACAUGGACGUGGACGUGGACGUGGACGUGGCCAUGGACGUGGACGUGGACGUGGACAUGGACGUGGACGUGGACGUGGACGUGGACGUGGAUGUGGACAUGGACGUGGACGUGGACGUGGACGUGGACGUGGAGGUGGACGUGGACGUGGACGUGGACGUGGACGUAGACGUGGACGUGGACAUGGACGUGGACGUGGACGUGGACGUGGAGGUGGAAGUGGACGUGGACGUGGACGUGGACGUGGACGUGGACAUUGUCGUGGACGUCGACGUGGACGUGGACGUGGACGUGGUCGUGGACGUGGACGUAGACGUGGACGUGGACGUGGACGACGUGGACCUGGACGUGGACGUGGACGUGGACGUGGACGUGGAGAUGGACGUGGACGUGGACGUGGACGUGGACGUGGACAUGGACGUGGACGUGGACGUGGACAUGGACGUGAACGUGGACGUGGACGUGGACGUGGACGUUGACGUGGACAUGGACAUGGACGUGGAGGACUUGGACGUGGACAUGGACAUGGACGUGGACGUGGACGUGGACGUGGACGAUGACGUGGACAUGGACGUGGACGUGGACGUGGACGUGGACAUGGACGUGGACGUGGACAUGGACGUGGACGUGGACGUGGAUAGGGAAGUGGACCUGGACGUGGACGUGGACAUGGACGUGGACAUGGAUGUCGACGUGGACAUGGACGUGGACAUGGACGUGGACGUGGACGUGGAUGUGGACGUGGACGUGUACAUAGACGUGGACGUGGACGUGGAUGUGGACGUGGACGUGGAUGUGGACGUGGACAUGGACGUGGACGUGGACAUGGACGUGGACGUGGAUGUGGACGUGGACAUGGACGUGAACGUGGACGUGGACGUGGACAUUGUCGUGGACGUGGACGUGGACGUGGACGUGGACGUGGACAUGGUCGUGUACGUGGACGUGGACGUGGACGUGGACGACGUGGACCUGGACGUGGACGUGGACGUGGACGUGGAAGUGGAGAUGGAUGUGGACGUGGACGUGGACGUGGACAUGGACGUGGACGUGGACAUGGACGUGGACGUGGACAUGGACGAGGACGCGUGGUCAUGGACACGUGGACACGUGGACAUGGACGUGGUCGUGGACGUGGACGUGGACGUGGACGUCGACGUGGACGUGGACAUGGACGUGGACGUAGACGUGGAUGUGGACAUUGUCGUGGACCUGGACAUUGUCGUGGACAUGGACGUGGACGUGGUCGUGGACGUGGACGUGGUCGUGGACGUGGACGUGGACGUGGACGUGGACGUGGACGUGGACAUGGACAUGGACGUGGACGUGGACAUGGACGUGGACGUAGACGUGGACGUGGACGUGGACAUGGACAUGGACAUGGACGUGGACGUGGACAUGGACAUGGACCUGGACGUGGACGUGGACGUGGACGUGGACAUGGACAUGGACAUGGACGUGGACGUGGACGUGGACAUGGACGUGGAGAUGGACGUGGACGUGGACGUGGACAUGAACGUGGACGUGGACGUGGACGUGGACGUGGUCGUGGACGUGGACGUGGACAUGGACGUGGACGUGGACGUGGACAUGAACGUGGACGUGGACGUGGACAUGAACGUGAACAUGGACGUGGACGUGGACGUGGACGUGGACGUGGACAUGGACGUGGACGUAGACAUGGAGGUGGACGAGGACGUGGACGUGGACGUGGACGUGGACAUGGAUGUGGACGUGGACGUGGACGUGGACGUGGACAUGGACGUGAACGUGGACGUGGACGUGGACGUGGACGUGGACCUGGACGUGGACGUGGACGUGGAGGUGGACGUGGUCGUGGACGUGGAUGUGGACGUGGACGUGGACUUGGACGUGGUCGUGGACAUCGACGUAGAGGUGGUGGACAUGGACGUGGACAUGGACGUAGAGGUGGUGGACUUGAACGUGGACGAAGAUGCGGACGUGGACAUGGACGUGGACGUGGACGAAGAUGCGGACGUGGACGUGGACGUGGACGUGGACGUGGACAUGGACGUGGACGUGGACAAGGACGUGGACAUGGACGUGGACGUGGACGUGGAUGUGGAGGUGGAAGUGGACGUGGACAUGGACGUGGACGUGGACGUGGACGUGGACAUUGUCGUGGACGUCGACGUGGACGUGGACGUGGACGUGGUCGUGGACGUGGACGUAGACGUGGACGUGGACGACGUGGAUCUGGACGUGGACGUAGACGUGGACGUGGACGUGGACGUGGACGUGGACGUGGAGAUGGACGUGGACGUGGACGUAGACGUGGACGUGGACAUGGACGUGGACGUGGACGUGGACGUGGACAUGGACGUGGACGUGGACGUGGACAUGGACGUGAACGUGGACAUAGACGUGGACGUGGACGUGGACAUGGACGUGGACGUGGACGUGGACGUGGACGUGGAAGUGGACGUGGACAUGGACAUGGACGUGGACGUGGACUUGGACAUGGACGUGGACGUUGACAUGGACAUGGACGUGGACGUGGACGUGGACGUGAACAUGGACGUGGACGUGGACGUGGACGUGGAUAGGGAAGUGGACCUGGACGUGGAUGUAGACAUGGACAUGGACAUGGAUGUGGACGUGGACAUGGACGUGGACAUGGAUGUGGACGUGGACGUGGACGUGGACGUGGACAUGGACGUGGACGUGGACAUGGACGUGGAUGUGGACAUGGACAUGGACAUGGACGUGGACGUGGACGUGGACGUGGACGUGGACCUUCUCGUGGACGUGGACGUGGACGUGGUCGUGGACGUGGACGUGGACGUGGACGUAAACGUGUACGUGGACGUGGAGAUGGACGUGGACAUGGAUGUGGACGUGGACAUGGACGUGGACAUGGAUGUGGACGUGGACGUGGACGUGGACAUGGACGUGGACGUGGACGUGGAUGUGGACAUGGACAUGGACAUGGACGUGGACGUGGACGUGGACGUGGACCUUCUCGUGGACGUGGACGUGGACGUGGACGUGGUCGUGGACGUGGACGUGGACGUGGACGUAAAUGUGGACGACGUAGACGUGGACGUGGACGUGGACGUGGACGUGGAGAUGGACGUGGACGUGGACGUGGACGUGGACGUGGACGUCGACGUGGACGUGGACGUGGAGAUGGACGUGGACUUGGACGUGGACGUGGACGUGGACGUGGAUAGGGAAGUGGACCUGGACGUGGACGUGGACAUGGACGUGGACAUGGACGUGGACGUGGACAUGGACGUGGACAUGGAUGUGGACGUGGACGUGGACGUGGACAUGGCAUGGACGUGGACGUGGAAGACUUGGACGUGGACAUGGACGUGGACGUGGACGUGGACGUGGACGUCGACGUUUAGGUGGACGUGGACCAUGGACAUGGACAUGGACGUGGACGUGGACGUGGACGUGGACGUGGACAUGGACGUGGACGUAGACGUGUAUGUGGACGUGGACGUGGACGUGGACGUAGACGUGGACGUGGACGUGGACGUCAACGUGGACGUAGACGUGGAGGACUUGGACGUGGACGUCGACGUCGACGUGGACGUGGACGUGGGCGUGGAGGUGGACGUGGAGGUGGAGGUGGACGUGGACGUGGACGUGGACGUGGAGGUGGACGUGGACGUGGACGUGGACGUGGACGUGGACGUGGACGUGGACAUGGACGUGGACGUGGACGUGAUCGUGGACGUGGACGUGGACGUGGUCGUGGACGUGGACGUGGACAUGGACGUGGACGUGGACGUGGACAUGGACAUGGACCUGGACGUGGACGUGGACGUGGAGGUGGACGUGGACAUGGACGUGGACGUGGACGUGGACGUGGACCUGGACGUGGACGUGGACGACGUGGACCUGGACGUGGACGUGGACGUGGACGUGGACGUGGAGAUGCACGUGGACGUGGACGUGGACGUGGACAUGGACGUGGAGGUGGACGUGGACGUGGACGUGGACGUAAACAUGGACGUGGACGUGGACGUGUACAUGGACGUGAACGUGGACAUGGACGUAGACGUGGACGUGGACGUGGACAUGGACGUGGACGUGGACGUGGACGUGGACGUGGACGACUUGGACGUGGACAUGGACGUGGACGUGGACGUGGACGUGGACAUGGACGUGGACAUGGACGUGGACGUGGACGUGGACGUGAACGUGGACGUGGACAUGGACGUGGAGGUGGACGAGGAUGUGGACGUGGAAGUGGACGUGGACGUGGACGUGGACAUAGACGUGGACGUGGACGUGGACGUGGACGUGGACGUGGACAUGGACAUGGACGUGGACAUGGACGUGGACGUGGACGUGGACGUGGACGUGGACGUGGACGUGGACAUGGACGUGGACGAGGACGUGGACGUGGACGUGGACGUGGACGUGGACGUGGACGUGGACGUGGACGUGGACGUGGACAUGGACGUGGACGUGGACGUGGACGUGGACGUGGACGUGGACGUGGACAUGGACGUGGACGUGGACGUAGAGGUGGAGGACUUGAACGUGGACUGGACGUGGACGUGGACGUGGACGUGGACGUGGACCAUGGACAUGGACAUGGACGUGGACGUGGACGUGGACGUGGACAUGGACGUGGACGUAGACGUGUAUGUGGACGUGGACGUGGACGUAGACGUGGACGUGGACGUGGAUGUCAACGUGGACGUAGACGUGGAGGACUUGGACGUGGACGUGGACGUCGACAUGGACGUGGACGUGGGCGUGGAUGUGGACGUGGAGGUGGAGGUGGACGUGGACGUGGACGUGGAGGUGGACGUGGACGUGGACGUGGACGUGGACAUGGACGUGGACGUGGACGUGAUCGUGGACGUGGACGUGGACGUGGUCGUGGACGUGGACGUGGACAUGGACGUAGACGUGGACGUGGAUGUGGACAUGGACAUGGACCUGGACGUGGACGUGGACGUGGAGGUGGACGUGCACAUGGACGUGGACGUGGACGUGGACGUGGACGUGGACGACGUGGACCUGGACGUGGACGUGGACGUGGACGUGGACGUGGAGAUGCACGUGGACGUGGACGUGGACGUGGACAUGGACGUGGAGGUGGACGUGGACGUGGACGUGGACGUGGACAUGGACAUGGACGUGGACGUGGACAUGGACGUGAACGUGGACAUGGACGUAGACGUGGACGUGGACGUGGACAUGGACGUGGACGUGGACGUGGACGUGGACGUGGACGACUUGGACGUGGACAUGGACGUGGACGUGGACGUGGACAUGGACGUGGAAAUGGACGUGGACGUGGACGUGAACGUGGACGUGGACAUGGACGUGGAGGUGGACGUGGAUGUGGACGUGGAAGUGGACGUAGACGUGGACGUGGACGUGGACAUAGACGUGGACGUGGACGUGGACGUGGACGUGGACGUGGACAUGGACGUGGACAUGGACGUGGACGUGGACGUGGACGUGGACGUGGACGUGGACGUGGACGUGGACAUGGACGUGGACGAGGACGUGGACGUGGACGUGGACGUGGACGUGGACGUGGACGUGGACGUGGACGUGGACGUGGACGUGGACGUUGACGUGGACGUGGACGUGGACGUGGACGUGGACGUGGACGUGGACGUGGACAUGGACGUGGACGUGGACAUGGACGUGGACGUGGACGUGGUUGUGGACGUGGACGUGGACAUGGACGUGGACGUGGACAUAGAGAUGGACGUGGACUUGGACGUGGACGUGGACGUGGACGUGGAUAGGGAAGUGGACCUGGACGUGGACGUGGACAUGGACGUGGACAUGGACGUGGACGUGGACAUGGACGUGGACAUGGAUGUGGACGUGGACGUAGACGUGGACGUGGACAUGGACGUGGACGUGGACGUGGAAGACUUGGACGUGGACAUGGACGUGGACGUGGACGUGGACGUGGACGUCGACGUGGAGGUGGACGUGGACCAUGGAUAUGGACAUGGACACGUGGACGUGGACGUGGACGUCAACGUGGACGUAGACGUGGAGGACUUGGACGUGGACGUGGACGUCGACGUGGACGUGGACGUGGGCGUGGAUGUGGACGUGGAGGUGGAGGUGGACGUGGACGUGGACGUGGACGUAGAGGUGGACGUGGACGUGGACGUGGACGUGGACGUGGACGUGGACAUGGACGUGGACGUGGACGUGAUCGUGGACGUGGACGUGGACGUGGUCGUGGACGUGGACGUGGACAUGGACGUGGACGUGGACGUGGAUGUGGACAUGGACAUGGACCUGGACGUGGACGUGGACGUGGAGGUGGACGUGGACAUGGACGUGGACGUGGACGUGGACGUGGACGUGGACGUGGACGACGUGGACCUGGACGUGGACGUGGACGUGGACGUGGAGAUGCACGUGGACGUGGACGUGGACAUGGACGUGGAGGUGGACGUGGACGUGGACGUGGACGUGGACAUGGACAUGGACGUGGACGUGGACAUGGACGUGGACGUGGAUGUGGACGUGGAAGUGGACGUGGACGUGGACGUGGACGUGGACAUAGACGUGGACGUGGACGUGGACGUGGACGUGGACGUGGACGUGGACAUGGACAUGGACGUGGACAUGGACGUGGACGUGGACGUGGACGUGGACGUGGACGUAAACGUGGACGUGGACGUGGACAUGGACGUGGACGAGGACGUGGACGUGGACGUGGACGUGGACGUGGACGUGGACCGUGGACGUGGAGGACUUGAACGUGGACUGGACGUGGACGUGGACGUGGACGUGAACGUGGACAUGGACCUGGACGUGGACGUGGACUUGGACGUGGACGUGGACGUGGUCGUGGACGUGGACGUGGACAUUGUCGUGGACGUCGACGUGGACGUGGACGUGGACGUGGUCGUGGACGUGGACGUAGACGUGGACGUGGACGACGUGGAUCUGGACGUGGACGUAGACGUGGACGUGGACGUGGACGUGGACGUGGACGUGGAGAUGGACGUGGACGUGGACGUAGACGUGGACGUGGACAUGGACGUGGAUGUGGACGUGGACGUGGACAUGGACGUGGACGUGGACGUGGACGUGGACAUGGACGUGAACGUGGACAUAGACGUGGACGUGGACGUGGACAUGGACGUGGACGUGGACGUGGACGUGGAAGUGGACGUGGACAUGGACAUGGACGUGGACGUGGACUUGGACAUGGACGUGGACGUUGACAUGGACAUGGACGUGGACGUGGACGUGGACGUGAACAUGGACGUGGACGUGGACGUGGAUAGGGAAGUGGACCUGGACGUGGAUGUGGACAUGGACAUGGACAUGGAUGUGGACGUGGACAUGGACGUGGACAUGGAUGUGGACGUGGACGUGGACGUGGACGUGGACAUGGACGUGGACGUGGACAUGGACGUGGAUGUGGACAUGGACAUGGACAUGGACGUGGACGUGGACGUGGACGUGGACGUGGACCUUCUCGUGGACGUGGACGUGGACGUGGUCGUGGACGUGGACGUGGACGUGGACGUAAACGUGUACGUGGACGUGGAGAUGGACGUGGACAUGGAUGUGGACGUGGACAUGGACGUGGACAUGGAUGUGGACGUGGACGUGGACGUGGACAUGGACGUGGACGUGGACGUGGAUGUGGACAUGGACAUGGACAUGGACGUGGACGUGGACGUGGACGUGGACCUUCUCGUGGACGUGGACGUGGACGUGGACGUGGUCGUGGACGUGGACGUGGACGUGGACGUAAAUGUGGACGACGUGGACGUGGACGUGGACGUGGACGUGGACGUGGACGUGGAGAUGGACGUGGACGUGGACGUGGACGUGGACGUGGACGUCGACGUGGACGUGGACGUGGAGAUGGACGUGGACUUGGACGUGGACGUGGACGUGGACGUGGAUAGGGAAGUGGACCUGGACGUGGACGUGGACAUGGACGUGGACAUGGACGUGGACGUGGACAUGGACGUGGACAUGGAUGUGGACGUGGACGUGGACGUGGACAUGGCAUGGACGUGGACGUGGAAGACUUGGACGUGGACAUGGACGUGGACGUGGACGUGGACGUGGACGUCGACGUUUAGGUGGACGUGGACCAUGGACAUGGACAUGGACGUGGACGUGGACGUGGACGUGGACGUGGACAUGGACGUGGACGUAGACGUGUAUGUGGACGUGGACGUGGACGUGGACGUAGACGUGGACGUGGACGUGGACGUCAACGUGGACGUAGACGUGGAGGACUUGGACGUGGACGUGGACGUCGACGUGGACGUGGACGUGGGCGUGGAGGUGGACGUGGAGGUGGAGGUGGACGUGGAUGUGGACGUGGACGUGGAGGUGGACGUGGACGUGGACGUGGAUGUGGACGUGGACGUGGACGUGGACAUGGACGUGGACGUGGACGUGAUCGUGGACGUGGACGUGGACGUGGUCGUGGACGUGGACGUGGACAUGGACGUGGACGUGGACGUGGACAUGGACAUGGACCUGGACGUGGACGUGGACGUGGAGGUGGACGUGGACAUGGACGUGGACGUGGACGUGGACGUGGACCUGGACGUGGACGUGGACGUGGACGUGGACGACGUGGACCUGGACGUGGACGUGGACGUGGACGUGGACGUGGAGAUGCACGUGGACGUGGACGUGGACGUGGACAUGGACGUGGAGUUGGACGUGGACGUGGACGUGGACGUAAACAUGGACGUGGACGUGGACGUGUACAUGGACGUGAACGUGGACAUGGACGUAGACGUGGACGUGGACGUGGACAUGACGUGGACACGGGACGUGGACGUGGACGUGGACGUGGGGACAUGGACAGUGGACGUGGACGUGGACGUGGACGUGGACGUGGACAUGGACAUGGACGUGGACAUGGACGUGGACUGUGGACACGUGGACGUGGACGUGGACGUCAACGUGGACGUAGACGUGGAGGACUUGGACGUGGACGUGGACGUCGACGUGGACGUGGACGUGGGCGUGGAUGUGGACGUGGAGGUGGAGGUGGACGUGGACGUGGACGUGGAGGUGGACGUGGACGUGGACGUGGACGUGGACAUGGACGUGGACGUGGACGUGAUCGUGGACGUGGACGUGGACGUGGUCGUGGACGUGGACGUGGACAUGGACGUAGACGUGGACGUGGAUGUGGACAUGGACAUGGACCUGGACGUGGACGUGGACGUGGAGGUGGACGUGCACAUGGACGUGGACGUGGACGUGGAGUUGGACGUGCACAUGGACGUGGACGUGGACGUGGACGUGGACGUGGACGACGUGGACCUGGACGUGGACGUGGACGUGGACGUGGACGUGGAGAUGCACGUGGACGUGGACGUGGACGUGGACAUGGACGUGGAGGUGGACGUGGACGUGGACGUGGACGUGGACAUGGACAUGGAACGGACGUGGACAUGGACGUGA